AGCAUUUGCAAGCAGAAUGGUUUUGCGGGGCGGCUGAGCGCGCUCCGGAGGCCUUCCACCCCCCGGACCACGCGGGGCGCGUCGGCGCUGACCGGCCAUCGUCAUGCGGAAGACCGUGGCGAUGCUGAAGCGGGGGGCCACGGCAGAGAACGUGGCUGAGCAGGUCGCCAAGGUGAAGAAGGUCUUCCAGUCCCCGUUGCUCCCGCCGGCCUUCCAGCAGCUCCACGCCGAGACGCAGGCCGAUCGCCAGAGGAAGCGGCGCCACUUGGGCAACGCUGCAUGGUUCAACCUUCUGAUCGGGGUCAUGCUCUGUGUGAACACCAUCGUCGUGGGCAUCGAGACCGACUACUCCCGGGGACGGCAGCUCGAGGACCGUUUGGCCUUCUUCGUCAUCGAGACCUUGUUCGCGGUGACCUUCUUCACCGAAGUGAUGAUCAGGAUGCAUCACCUCGGCUGGGAGUAUGCCAUCGAUCCUUGGAACAUCUUCGACUACUCCUUGGUCGUCUUUGGCUGGACAGACGUCUUGGUCUCUGUCACGGACACCGGCAGCGGCGGCAUGCGGCUGGCCUCGUCCCUGCGGCUCUUCCGGCUGCUGCGGGUGGUGCGGAGCAUUCGGGGGAUCAAGGUCUUAGCAGGUCUUUGGGUGGUGAUCCAGGGGCUCUUGGACUCCUACCGCACGGUGCUUUGGGUAGCCUUCGCGAUGGCGAUCUUCCUGUUUUGCUUCGGCGCGGCCGUGUGCGUCCUUGGGGGGCAAGAUCGUUUCGCCUUCGAGCAUUGGUACAUGGGCCAUAUGUAUGUGGGCUCGGUGCUCCGUUCGAUGUUCACCAUGCUCCAGGUGGCCACCUUCGACAAGUGGGCGGAGAGCGUGGCUAGGCCGCUCUUCCACGUGGCUCCGAUGGCGACUCCGGUGCUUUUCGUUUGCAUCUUUGUCAUGAGUUUUGGCACUCUGAACAUCUUGGUGGCAGUCAUGGUCGAGCGGAUCUCGGUGAUCACCGCAGACCGACGGACCCAUGCGGAGCAGGCAAGAGUACGGAUGGAAGCAUAUAUGCUGGAAUCCAUGGUGGACGACUUGCACGCGAAUGACAAGGAUGGUAGUGGAGACCUGUCACAGAAGGAGUUCAAGAAGAUCAUCAGGAUUCCGGGCCUCGUCAAGAAGCUAGGCUUGCUGGGCAUCACCAUCGAAGAGGCGGAGAGUCUCUUUGAGAUCAUGGAUGUGAACCACAGCGGAACGGUCACGCCGGAGGAGUUCAUCGCCGGACUGCAAAAGAUCAAAGGGCAAGCCAAAGGACAAGACAUGGUGCAGCUCAUUUGCUACGCUCAGCGGCAGGUGGUUCGAUCUGCGCAGUAUGUCUCGAGGAUGAAGUUCUUGAACAUGCAGGUGGAUCACGUCCAAGAACGGCUCAAUGCUUCAGGCAUCUCGUUGCAGUUUGAGUCGGGCGACCGAAUCAAGACCGCCGAGCGCAACGAGAUGGUGACCACCAGUGCCGCCCAUCGAGAGCUCCUCCUUUUCAAGCUGGACGCUGAACGGCAGUCAGCCUAUCCUGUGGUCCAGGAUGUGAGUGGAAAGAGACAUUAUCAAGAAGGAGCGAAGACAUCCCAGCCAGGCAUCGACGAUGACUACGACUGGUCCUGACGUCGGCGACGCAACGUUCGGCUUGCGCGUUCUCUUUCGAGGCUUGUGGCUUUAAGGACGUACGCAGUGUCCUUCGUUCGUAUACAUAUUGAAAACACGAUGAAACAGUGACCCCUUCAACCAAAACCACAGCCAAACCAGCCAAAACGGUUUCGGAAACCGUUCACCUCGCGAAACCUCCUGCUUUGCCUCGCCGCGGCCCUUCAUCUCACCUCCGUCCUCUCGGUCUCCGCCUCAAGGGCGAGCGUCGUUGGAUGGACCAAAAAGAGACCACGGGCGUCGGAGAGCGGAGGGAGAGCGGAUGGGGAUGGGCGUGUUGGAUGUUGUUGGGGAUGUUGCAGGCAGGUUUGGGUCGACGAUUUUUCUGGAGUUGGAAAGUUUGGUUUGCUGAGUGGUGC